CUGAAUGUUUUCCUUUUGUGUCUGACUAUAUCAGGGUACGCCAUCUUACAGGCCAUCAUGGAGAAGGCAGGGCAAAACAACUGGCAGGUCAGUGCCAUCUGUGUAGAAAAUUUCAGUGAUGCCAACUACCGGCGACUGUUGGAAGAUCUUGACCGGCGACAGGAGAAGAAGUUUGUCAUCGACCUUGAGGCUGAGAGACUUCAGAACAUGUUAGAACAGAUUGUCAGUGUUGGGAAACACGUCAAAGGUUACCAUUACAUAAUGGCCAAUCUGGGCUUUAAGGAUAUCAACCUAGAACGCUUCAUGCAUGGUGGAGCUAAUGUGACAGGCUUCCAGCUGGUCGACUUCAGUAACCCCAUGGUCAUCAAACUAAUGCAGCGCUGGAAUAAACUGGAUCAAAGGGAAUACCCAGGAUCGGAUACCCCACCAAAGUACACCUCAGCGCUGACAUACGAUGGGGUGAUGGUGAUGGCUGAGGCCUUCAGGCAUUUGCGCAGGCAGAAAGUGGACAUUUCCAGACGGGGGAAUGCAGGCGACUGCCUUGCAAAUCCCGCUGCCCCAUGGAACCAAGGUAUCGACAUGGAGCGCACUCUCAAACAGGUCCGGCUGCAGGGAUUAACAGGUAAUGUCCAGUUUGACCACUAUGGCCGUAGGGUCAACUACACUAUGGAUGUGUUUGAACUGAAGAAUAAUGGACCCAGAAGGAUUGGCUAUUGGAACGAUGCAGACAAACUGGUGCUAAUCCAAGACUCUCCAUUACAUCCAAAUGACACCUCUGGCAUGGAAAACCGCACAGUUAUUGUGACUACCAUCAUG